UGUUGCCACACUCCUUAAGUCCCUAGUGCUUCCUUAAUUAGUUUUGUCUCAUAGUGCUGCUCCUUGUACUGGGUUUAUUACAAAAUAUAAUCAGAUAUACGCUUAUUCUCAAAUCUUCUUGAAUAAUCAAGAAUAUUGUAUCUUACUACCCGAUUCCUGAAUAAUUCCACUAACCAAAUGAGCCCUAUUAUUAUAGAGGGAUGGAGGGAAUGUUUAACUUUCUAUUCAUUCUGUUAGUCAGUUGCCUCAUCAGCAAGGUGGCUGUGAUUCAAUUGCGUUUUACAAAGACACCAUAUUUUGUUUGGUUUGCUUUCCUGGAAAAGAAAUGUCUGCAAUUUAGUGAUAUUUGCUUAAAGAUUUGGAAAUCACUGUGGACCUGUGGCUGAUCUCGCCUAUUUUUGCAGAUAUUGGUUUCUAUAAUCUGUGACUGUUUUGCUGGGCUCUUCUUGCCUAUUUUUCCUUUUUGGAAUGUGGUAUCACUGUCCUAUUUCUAUUAGAAAGUGUGAGCCUUUGCUGGUUUUCCCUAGUUGUUUGUAAAAGGACCAAUUACGUAUACUUUUAGUAAGAGUUUUUGCUAGAAUAAGCUAGCUAGCAAUAAAUCAUAGUCAAGGGAGGAUUCAAAGUCUUAUCCGAAUGUACUGAGGAAAUAUUGUUUCGUUUGUGAAUUUCUCCUGUUAGAAAAUUCAUUUGUGAAAUGCUCCUGUUUGCAAUCUCGUUUAUGAUUAGAAAUUGGCAAAUUGAACCUAUUUUUCUCUCUCCUUAUUUGCAACCCUAUUCCAACCUAAGCUAUCUAUAAAUGGCCUAAUUGCUUCUUGCAGGCUGUGUUCCUGUGUAGUUCUAAACUUCUAAUGUACUGCUAGAUCUGCCUAUUUACCAUCUGUAUUUAAUAUUUUAAAGCUGAGGGUUUAUAUUUUUUGUUGCAUUUAGAAUUCAAGUUACAAUUAUCAAGAACUUGAAGAUUUUGUUUGAUUAAGGCCUGGUGCUGAAUUGCUGAAUCUCUGACUGUGUUAGCUUUCUCUUUUUAAGCUUUAUUGUUUUUGUGACUGUUGCUUCUUCUGCACUUUCAGUUUUAUUAACCUUCUCUCUUUUUGUUUCUGUGUGAUGCUGUAUGUUGCUCCUUCAAUUAACUUAGAUUUCUCUUUCAUCUCUUGUAUACAGAUUAAACUGAUGCAUAUGAUCUAACUGACCAGUUACAAUCCAAAUUUCGUCAGGGGUCAGACUGUGGGAGAAAAUCAUGAUAUGUAAGAAUUUUUUUGAGAAGGCUGCUAAGGAUUGAGUCGUGAUCAUUGAUUCCUUGAUUAAAGAUACUUCAAUGGUGCAACGAUGCACCUUUAACUUGAUUAGAUUUCUUUGCCUAACAAGUGAUGCUCCUAAUUUUUUAUGUUGAAGAAUUUGGUAAAGUAGAUGUGGGCUUUGGCGGAGAAUUGUCUAAAACUUGUCUAGGAAAUUUCUCCUUUAACUUGAUUAGAUUUCUUUGCCUAACUUAACUAUGAGUAUUGCAAAUUAUACGAAGUACUUUCUUUGUUUUUUUUUUUUAAUUACACUUUUGACUCUUUCAAAACUAUACCUAUCGGUUAGGGGAAAUCAUAACUAUUUCAAAACAAUAUCUUAUCUCUUGUAAAUGAUCUCAACACCACAUUUCUAGCAAUUUGUUUUGUUUGACAUGCUUAUUGGUUAGGAAGAUGUGUAAAACACUAUUCAAUUCGUUUCAUAAUAAUCCGAACUUUUUUAACAUCCAUUUUUAUACUUUCUCCGUUUUUUUAAUUGUAUCAUUUUCCUUUUUAGAAGUUGCAUAUUAUUUGUACCAUUUUUCUCUUUGAAAAAUUUCAUAUUAAUUACACCAUUUCUUAUGACGGAGUAUUUUUUUUUUCACUUUUUGGUCGUGUUAACACACGAAAUUCCCUAUUUAUCCUUAUUCACAUGUUAUAACAACCUCUCUUACUGUUUUAUGAUACUUUUAUUCCACCAUUUCUAUCUCCCAUUUGUCUUUUUUUUUUUUUGACAUAAACACUUUUAACAUAGUCCAUCUUUUACGCUUUUUCUUAAAUCCCGCCCCAAACCUAGGUAGUAUUUUUUAAGAAAGUCGGGAAUGUAUAUAAAAUAACAUACUACUUUCAUUACAUAUUAUAUAUAUACUGCUUAAAAGUUACACGUAACAUAUAACGGAUGUAAUCGAAGCAAUCCAGACUUCCAGAGUCCCAAAGCCCAAACUCCAGCCCUUAGGAACUACUCCCUAGUCAAUACUCCAGUUACAACAAACACAGGAAGGGAUGCUCAAAAUUCGCAGCAACUUCAAUGGCUACCAAGCUCUCAACUUCAUCCAUGGAUUCCGUCAUAUUCUACUCUACUCAACUUCAACAUCAUCUUCAUCUUCAAUCUCAACAGAAGUCAACUCUGAUUUCGCCAUUUACUUGGUUGAUUUUCUAGGGUUUUCCAAGCAACAAGCUCUUUCCACUUCCACUAAGCUCGCUCAAAAUCGCUUACGUCAAGGUAGGAAAAAGGUCAGUGAAUUCUAUUUCGUUGAAAAUGCCAAUUCUGUUAUCACAUUCUUCAAACAAAUUGGAUUGGAACAAUCUCAUAUUCGAAAUGCCGUUAUUUCUCAACCCCAAAUUUUGCUGUGUAAUGUUGAUAAAAACCUAAUUCCUAAGACCCAAGUUCUUCGUAAUUUGGGGUUUUCUGUGUCUGAUUUUUCUGAGCUUUUAAGGUUGAAUCCUUCUAUAUAUUUUAUGGGUUUACAUUCCAAUAUUGUUCCUGCAAUCCAAGCUUUGAGAGAAAUUAUGGGUUGUGAACGCCUAGUGAUUAGAUUUCUGAAGAAAAAGUGUCGUUGGAGGCCUUCUAGUGUUCCCAAUUUGUUGGUGCCUAAUAUAAAUUUGUUGCGGAGUUAUGGAAUUUCCAUUGAAUCAAUCCGGAAAUUCCUUGUUAGGUCACCAUCCCCGUUUUUUCGGAGAAUUGAGGUAUUGGAGAAUGCAGUGAUUAAGGUUGAAGAGAAAUUAGGGAUUUCUCGACUCUCUCCACAGUUCUUUUCCGGUGUCUAUUUAUUGACCUGUAAUAGUGAGAAGACUAUUGAGUCGAGACAAAAAGUGUUUAGAAGUUUUGGGUGGACUGAGUCUGAUGUUGCAACUCUUUCAUCAUCAAUUCCUUCUCUUUUGGCACUCUCUGAAGCUACCAUCAAGAAAAAGUUGGAUUUUUUUAUGAACAAGCUGGGUUAUGAGCCUAGUUUCUUGUCAAAGAGGUGGAACCUGUUAUCUUAUAGCCUGGAAAAGAGGAUUUUGCCUAGACAUAAGACUCUCAUUGUAUUGAAGGAGAAAGGUUUUAUUAAGAUGGAUUACCUUCUUGAAUCUUCCGUUUCAAUGACCGAGUCUCGAUUCUUGAAGAAGUUUGUACUACCAUUUAAGGAAGUCCAUGGAGUUUAUUCCCAACACGCAGGUAUUAGUUUGGAGUUGCUGACUCUAGGAUCAUCGAAAACAAAUUCCAAAGCUGCUUGAUGCUUGGGGUCAGACUGUGGGAGUAGAUCAUAAUGAGGAAGAAGCUUUUUGAGAAGGCUGCUAAGGAUUGCAUGAUUCGAGUCAUGAUAAUUGAUUCCUUGAUUAAAGAUACUUCAAUGGUGCAACGAUGCAAUUCGUAGCAACGACUUAAGAGGCAAGAUAAUUAUUUUAGAUAUGAUGAUGGAGACCAAUAGCGAGGACAACAUUUCCAUUUUUGCUGGAUGUGGAGAUGACAGUUAGUAUAUCAUUCCUCAUGGAGAUGAAGAAUCUUACCAUUGUAAGGAGUGAACUGUAUAGAAGAGGAAAUUGUCUCUUAUUUGCCUUGUUUUGUAAUGGAAAUGGUUUUAACUAUUUAAGUGUAAUUAACAUCUAUAUUAAUCCAAUCUCAUCUGAUCCAAGUGAUGUUCCUAAA